AUGCCUACUGCACUCCUCGCAGGUACGGUACAGCCACCAACGCUCACCCUGCUCUCGACGGAGAACGUCACUCUGCCACCCCUCUGGCGGAGCGUCGUCGGAUCCUCCGCGAAAGCCACAGUCCAGAUUCUACCCGACGCAGCAUACCCUCGCCCCGAAGGCCGUUCGACAUUACACGUGCCGAAGCACAAGCGCGGAGGUAAUAUUGCAAGCCGUGUUGCGCACCUCCAGUCGCCCCGGAUAGGCGACACAUUCAUUGAGAUCGGAUGUAAUGCGCAGCCACUCGGCGCAACCCUUCCCUGGCUGGGGGCGCAGAUCAAGGCGCUCGGCCAGCGGUACUGGGCGCUUGAAGCGGUGAUUAUUGACCAGCGCGGGCGGCGAGGACGCAUCAGGCUCGAGAGUGCACGAACGGAGCCGAUUCUAGUCCCCCGCGAUCCACCGUUGCUCCGCCUGCCACUCGCCACGCCCCGCGGCGGAAUCAGCGAGUGGUGCGAGCUCGUUGUCGAUCUGCGCCAGCUUGUGCGUCUCUUCCGCCAGUUGCGGCCCGAAGAGGAGGAGGAGGGCAAGCGGAAGCGGCGCGUGGAGAGCACCGACAUGCCGGAGAAGCUGGGGAGCGUCGAGAGUGUGCGCGUGUACGCCAACUGCCGCGUACGGCGGGUGUGGCUUGCGUCCGAAGGCGGCGUACGUGGCGAGUGGGCGCUCAGUGAGGCAUGGGUGCAGUUUGUCAUGCGCAACGCACUGCAGAAGCUCCCUCGAGAGUUAUCGAGCCGGGGUCCCCUUACGGACACCUCGCCGUGA